GAGGAUGUGCAAAAGCGGAUGGAAGACGACCCACUGUCUGAGGAGUUCCCUGUUGGCAAGCGAUGCCGCACCCCGCUGGAUAUUGCCUUCCGGCACCUUGACGAGAUCAUUCAAGGGCCGCAGGGUUGGCCGGAGCCAGACGGAACUACUGAGAACCGCUCGGACUUGCUGCGCUUGCAGGGCCUUAUGAGCAGCGAUGAGGAGGCUGAAGAGGCCGAAGCCUUAGCUGCAGCUGCAGGGUCUGCCGGGGCCGGUCUGGGCGUUUCUCCUGAAACCAAGCCGGACGAAAGCGCGUUUCUUUUGAGGUGGAGGAGCAUAUCCAUACGUCCAAGUGAUGAGCGGUGA